UCGACUUUUGGCCAUCUCUAUUAGUCCAUAACCUUGUUUUUUUACUGUUUUGUUUUCUGAUAAAAACAUUAAAAAAUCAAAAACACCUGCGACAAAAUGACCAACAAUGAUGCGGCGGGAGAGACAGCUGGCUCCAGUCGGGCUAGCGGCAGCAAGCAACAACCCAAGCUAGAAAUAACCGAAAAAGUGCGUGUAUUGUGCCUUCACGGGUACCGCCAGAAUGGAGAUGCCUUCAAAAACAAGUUGGGAUCGUUCCGCAAGUUCGCCUCCAAGUACGCUGAGUUCGUGUUUAUAACGGCUCCACACGUGGCCGCUGCUUUGGAGUCGGCGGCAGAACCCGUGCCGGAACACAGAAGCUGGUGGGCCAACAAGGACGAUGGCUCCUUCAAGGGAACGAACAAAGGUGGACCCGCCUUUGGCUUCCAGGAGAGCCUUCGCCUCGUGGAAGAGACGUGGCAAGUGCAGGGUCCGUUCCAAGGUCUCCUUGGCUUCUCGCAGGGUGCCUGUUUCGUUGGACUCAUAUGCGGCCUUGCCAAAAAAAAGUUGACCUCCAUCCGGCCAGAGUUCGCGGUUCUCGCCUCAGGCUUUCUUUCAGGAAGCUUGGUGCACAUGAGCGCAUAUGAGGAGGCCAUCAGCAUACCCACACUGCACAUAUACGGUCAGACGGAUGAGAUCAUUCCCAAAGAGAUGAGCGAGUCACUGGCUGGGCACUUCAAGAACGCGGAGGUGCUGGAGCACAGUGGAGGCCACUAUUUUCCAGCCACGGCGCAGCAAAAACAGACCUUCAUCAAUUUCUUCCAAGACCGGUUACAGGAGUACCUUGAGCACCAAGAACUGCAACAGAGCGGUAAUGCUUCAUUCGUGGAAAGCGGAACAGAAGACGACAACGAUGCCGAAGUCGCUGCCAUGACGGCCGAGCUGGACGAGAGUGAUUAGCCGAUGGACGGGGGGGGUUUUUUCGUUCGUUUUUAAUAAUAAUUAAAUCUUAUUAUUACAAAAAUAAUGAUUUGAUUAUAAAUUAUAAUAUAAUUAGAUCCCAAUAUUAUUUAAAUAUUCACUCUGCUUAAGAAGGAUCAAGCGGAUUGGGUAUUGAAAUUGCUGCACGUUUGCUCAGUUCGCGCAUUUACUUUUUAUGACUUUGUGUAUUUUCUCAACAAAUUCGUAUAAAUUUCAUUAAAAAGAAAUAAACAAAUGGGGGGUUAGGUUAAAAUUAAAGCCAAAUAUUAUAAAUCCCAUUCCAAAGUA